CUGGAAAUUUUUCGCCAGCAGUAGCCCCCUCCGGAGGACCGCGCAUGCGCAGAGUGUUCCGCGGCGUUCACGCCUUUUCUGCAUCGCGCGGUCCGACUCGCCACUUCCUCCUAACCGUCCACGGCCGCAGACUGAUUUGGAACACGCUCCUCCCCUGAGGAGAAUUCGUAUUGUUAUUCCUUUAUUCUUUCCCAGUUAUCCCCUUCCUACAUAGUUAGUCAGUUAUUAUCUUAGUUAAUAGUUUAAAAAAAAAAACCAACCUUUUCUUCUCUUCCCGUUAUAAUCUGAGGGCCGCUUCCACGAGCUCCUCAAGUUUGCUUUCCCCCGGAGACCGCCGCACUAAGCAUGCCCGGCUCUCCCGGGUUUAAGAAAUGCGCUUUGUGCGGUGAAGCCAUGCUGGUCUCUGAUGGCCACUCCCGCUGUAUUCGCUGCGUGGGAGAGGGCCACAUCCCCCAGAAAUGCGGUCACUGUGCUGACUGCACGCACUAGGCGUGACAGAGAAAUGCACCUGAAGAUGCUAUUCUUCAAUAAGGCUCUCCAGCCCCUGUCGGUAGAAGUACGGGAAGCUCCGGGCACGCAUAAAUCCAAGGACGGAAGAAGCUCCGCUCCGUCCAGGAGUCUAAGUGCAGGAGAGGCGCGAGGCUCGUCGGGCCACCCUCCCACACAGGGAGUGGAGAAGUUACCGAAAGCCCGUAGUACAUCAUCGCCGAGCCCCGCACUCUCAGUGCUCUCGGUCCUGGCAGGUCGCCCGGAAUCGGCACCGUCAUCUACGGCACCGAGUCUCCGAGCAGCAUCGCAGCCAGAUACGGUGCGGUCCGAGGCACUCGGCACCGUUGCCUCAUGAAUGCUCUCAGGCUAAUCCGGCACCGGCGGUCGACCCGGCACCGAAGCGUAAGCAGGCACCGAAGACUAAGCCGCAACCAGCACAGAUACUGGAGACGGCACCGAGAAAACACUCGGCGCCUGGGUCAUCCCGCCCCCAUUCAAGGCUUCGGUGCACAUACAAGGCACGCCUGCACCUGCCCGCACCGACCAUCCAUUGUGCGCGGCUGAACUGGCUCCGUCCGUUGCUUCGGCGCUGGCCCCUACGGGCCCGCAACCCAACGGCUCUGGGGAUGAGACGGCACCACCAUCCCCAUCUUCUCCACCUCGGUCGCCACGCCUCCCGGAGGAAGUCUCUGACUUUGCCUCAGUUGUCUCCAUUCCGGGUAGCCCAGUCCCCAGGCCUCUCCCAUCCACGGGGGUACCGACUAAGGCUCAAAGGAAGACUCACCAUCCUCGUAUGCCUUCCCCCAGUUCCGAUAGGGCGACGUUUUCCCCUGAAGCAUCGCUCUCACCUCGUCAAAGACGGCGGGAUCACCAUUACGGUUAUUCCCCUACGCACCGUUACUACAGAUCCCCGAGGCGAUCUAUUACACCGCCCCGUUAUCACCGUUCAUACUACUCGAGAUUGCCGUAUCACUACUCAUACUGCUCACGAUCCCCGCGAUCUCCUCGCUCCCGAUACUAUCGCCGCAGGAGCGUUGCUUCUUACUCUCCGCAAUAUUCACACCGUGGCUCUCGCCAUUGUAUGUACACCUCGCCCCAUUCUGAUCGUUCACGUUCAAUCACACGACACUCACCCUCGUCCCCAGACCGGCAGCAAUUACUUUCACCACGGCCAAUUACUCAGGACUCUAUCCCGCCGGCUCAACGCCCACCAACGCCUAGUGGGGAUGCGUCAACAGCCUCUGCCCCACAUGACGAUAUCACUCAGUCACCUGUAGCAGAGCAACAGCCCACGGCCUCUCCGACAGAUGCCGCUUCCUCUUCCCUGGACAACGCGGUGUUUAAUGACGAACCCUCUCUCGCGGAUGAUUACAAACAAUUCCAUGAACUUUUCAAACGGAUAGCAUAUUCACAAAACUUAUGUACCUCCGAGGCGCCACAAAAGCACCAUGCCCUCCUCAGAAACUUACAACAAGCCAACAAAUCGAAACUAGCUCUCCCGUUCGAUGCCGCUAUUCUUGAGGUAGCUAAUGACAUCUGGCAAACCCCGGCAUCUGUGCCCCCUACCAAUAAACGCACAGACAGGAAAUACUUUAUUGAUGCCAAAGACGCAGAAUUUCUUUUUACUCACCCCGUCCCUAAUUCCAUCGUUGUCGACGCAGCCCAGCAAAAGAAAGGCAAGGUCCGCGCAAGCGAGAAAUUCUGCUGCGGACAAGGAAGCUAAGCAUCUGGACCUGCUCGGCAGGAAGGUAUAUUCGUUGGCAACAGCCACACUAA